AUGUGGAUACUUCUUGGAUACCUUGCUGCAUUUCUGUUGUUGGUGCUGCAAAAAACCCAUGCUCAGAUUAGCGGUUGCGAUUUCUUCGACACUGUAGAUAUCUCGACUGGACAAAGACUCCCAAAUGGCUCAUACUUAUAUGAGGACCUACUCAUUCCCGCCCAUUUGACGGCAGAAUAUGACUUUAAGCUCCUGGCAAACGGAGAGAAGGAGGAUGUGACGAGGCACAUAAGAGGAUGUGUCUGCAAACUCAGACCCUGUGUCAGAUUUUGCUGCCCCCAUGACCACAUAAUGGAUAACAGCAGUUGCUUUGAUAAUAUGACAGUGGAUGAGCUGAAUGAACUCGAUCCCUUCCUAAACGUGACCCUCAACAACGGAUCGGUGGUUAGGAUGCACUUCAGAGACGAAUUAAUAGUGCAGUGGGACUUGCCCAAGCCCUGUGAGCAGGGAAAAUUGUUCUACCUAGACAACCGAGUUGAAAUGGAUAAGUUUACACUUUUCGAGAAUGGAGGUUUCCUUCGCCAUUAUGACAAUAUGAACUUGGACAAGAGGGAGUACUGUCUUCAGCAUCAAACCUUCUAUGACGUUAAUACCAAUACCUCAUCCAUUCGAAUUGCACCCCAUAACUGCUUAAAAGAGGUCGAGCAAUCUAGAACUGGGCAGACCGUCGUGAUUAUCCUAUCUUUGAUAUGUAUGACUCUCACGACCGAAGUGUACCUAUUUGUUAAGGAAUUUAGAAACUUGAACGGCAAGUGCUUCAUUUCCUACAUGGUCUGCCUGUUCCUGGCCUAUCUCUUCCUGCUGCUCGACUUGUGGGGCCUAUCGUCCAGUUUUUGCCAUACAUCAGGUUUCCUGGGCUACUUUUUCGUCAUGGCCGCAUUUCUGUGGCUUUCUGUCAUCAGUCUGUACCUUUGGAAUGGAUUGAAAAUCGAGUUUGUGAUAAAUCAUCAGUAUUUGGUCUACAACUGUUACGCAUGGGGAAUGUCGACGGUCUUGACCGGAAUCACCUAUGUGGCUAAUGAGGUAGUAGAGGACGAGAAUUGGAAUCCCAGAAUGGGCGAGGAAGGGCAUUGUUGGAUCUAUACGAAAAGUUGGUCUGCUAUGCUCUACUUCUAUGGACCGAUGUUAGUGCUGAUUCUCUUCAAUAUGACCCUGUUUAUCCUGACUGCACUCCCUAGAAUACAAUCUAAAAUGGAACUUAGAAAAAUCGCACGCAAGGAAGGCAGGAUACAAAAGCUGAAAUCGGAUAAACAUAACUAUGCAUUAUAUCUGCGGCUUUUCAUCGCCAUGGGAAUCUCGUGGAGCCUUGAGAUAAUCUCCUACUUAAUUCAGGAAAAUAAGGCCUGGGCCUACGCGUUUCUGGUGGCAGACUACUUUAAUUGGUCCCAGGGUAUCAUCAUAUUUGUGCUUUUCAUCCUGAGGGGCUACACCCUACAACUUCUAAAAAAGCAAAUAUAUCCGAAAGAUAAAUGGAAUAGCAUCAGUAUGAGGUCAAGGGUAACUCGUAUAACGAUUGACGAAUCCGUAAGUCAUCACCCAAACCCAACAUUUGUGGCGAAGGACUCAAUCAGUGUGUAG